CCAGAAAUAUUUUAUCUUUUUAAUAAUUCUCAUACAAUCAGUAAUUUGACAUAAUACAGGGCACAUAUUUAAAAGAAUAUCAGUAUAAGUCAGUAACAAUAAAAAUACACAGUAUUAAGUGAAAAGUUUCGUCAACAACCGAUUAUUCUGUGCUUAUACUAUUUUAGAGAUUGAUACAAGUGUAAUAAUUGAGGAGACUCCUAACUUUUCAUUACCAUGCGAGUCAAAUUUAGACGGAAAUUGUAAAUGAUAAGUUUUUGAUUUAUAUUCUUUCCUAAAGCGGAGUUCGGCCCACAUUCUACAAGAUCAUCAAUCAUUUAACAUUAACUUCGCAAUAACCAACUGAAAACUUCAUAAAUAGUAUGACUCGAAAAUUUAGUUAGACUUGGGUUCUUGUUUAGAUUGUAGGUGUGUUACUGUACAAAAUUAUAAUAGUAAAAUUUAUCAUCGGAACAAUUUUUUAAGCAUAGAAAUGCAUUUAAAUUUUUUAGCACUAAUUUCCCAACGGUGUCAAUUUCACAGAUUUAGUGACUGUCGAUUUUUUAUCGACUGAGUUAAGUAUUCUCUAAAAUCUUUUUACCUAUCGGUAAUGCAGAUAGAUCAAAGAGGUUCAUUAUGUCGAUGAACUCGAAUAUUGAAGAUCUAAUUAAUGAAUUUCUCAACUUCAUACGCUACAAAGUACGUAUGUAAUAGUCUAUUUAAUAUUGUCAGAAUAUUAUUAUUUUAAAGAAUGUUUCAGACUGAUAUGAGCAUCUGCAAUAAGUAUAAAUAAAUUAGGAAUGGGUUCACCUUACCCUUUUUUGUCUCUUGCGGUAUAAAAUUUUUAAAACAGGUUUCUAAUCUCAUCAGGCUCUAAAAGCACUGGUAUCACUCAUAGCAAUAUGUUAACUAUAAAGUAAAUAAUUUUAUCAUACAUAUUGGCACUAUGUGUUUCGAACGACCAUAUGUACAUGACGUAAUGCCGAUUUCUUUAAUAGAUAACCCGUUAAAUUAUCUCAGGGUUCCUGAACCCAACAGAUCCUAAUAACGCGGUUCUCAUGUACCCGGUGAAAGUAUCAAGGAAGAAGAGAUACUCAUAUAAGUGGGAGGAAUCUCGUCAGGUGAACUUGAAUUAGCUUUCAGUUCACGGCCAUUCGUACUCCGACACUGACGUCAUGUUAUUCAUAACAAUCUUCCUUUUAGUCUUCACUUCACUUGUGAAUUCGUCGGCUGGUAAAAAUCGGAAAAACGAGGAAGUAUGGGAGCAGGAUUUAUCAAAAGAAAUGCAAAUUGGUGCAUCCACCGAAGGAUAUGAUCGUGUUGGACUACGUUGCGGUGCGGAAAGCAUGACGGUAGAACUUAGGACUACUGAAGAUUUUUCCGGUGUUAUUUAUACACAGGGUAGUUUUCAUUCCAAAGAACCACCUUGCUUUUUGGAUCCUACAAGAGGUCGUAGUUUUACUAUGAACAUUCCGUUGAACGAGUGUACUACUGAACAGAUCGGCGAACGGUACAGCAAUGUCGUGGUGAUUCAACACGAUGACGAACUUGUUACGCCGGGAGAUGCCGCCUUCACGUUAGAAUGCGAUUUCUCGAAGCCUAGAGACUUAACGGUGACAGCAGAUUUUAAUGGAAGUAAAAAUAAAAUUGCCAAAUCAAGUAUCGCCCUGGUAGAUGCAGAUCCUGGAAGGGAUAGAAGAAAAAGGGCCGCUUACGUGGAAAGCGAGACAGAAGAAGUAAUCUUCACACCAGAUUCAAUUCGAUAGUCAGAGGAACAGGAUAAUGCUGUUAAUCUUGCCACACAUUUCAAGUGAUCUCGAAGAGUAUUGCGAGCUGAUCAAAUGCUGAUCGAUUAUUAUAGAUUUUAAUUAUAUGCCAAUGCGUUAUUAUCUAAGAUAUAUAUAGUAUAUACACACACAUAUACUAUAUAAGUGGGAAACACAUUUAGGUCGAGAUAUCCAGUGGAAAAUUAUGUAUUAUGAUAGAGAUAUACAGCCAUUACAUAUACCAUAAAUAUGUAAUUAUCGUCCUCUUGCUAAACUAUUUAAUUACAUGGUACGAUUCAUUUAGAGACGGAUUUGGUAGUUUUAAGAUGUAAAAGGGAUGUUAUUGCACUCACAAAUUCUUGACGUAAUAUUGUUUUCUAUUCCUACGAUUACCUACCUAUCUAGUAAGAUACAUGAACCUGACCAGAAAGAAACGAUCUCGAUAAUCCUUGACACAACGGAGCAUCGCAAAAUGGAUAAACUCAUCGUUGCAUUUACGACUCUUCAAAAAUUGCUUUGUAUUGAAGUUUUAAAUGGAAACUUAUUACAUAUAUUUGAAUUAUAAUCUCAAGAUAUUUAACAGAUUUACGAUACGCGUCUCUCCAUAGAAAUUGGACAGAAGUUCAAUUCAAUAAAGACGUGGCACGAAAUUGGCAUCACACGGAAGGAGGAAAAGUAUCUCACAAUCAGUCAAAUGAAGAUAUUAGAUACUUGCAGUGCAUACUGUGGAUCUAUUCAAUUCCUAUCAGUCUCGUAAUUGUUAUUAUAAAAUAGCAUGAUAAUUAAGUGAUACGUCAAUAACUAAUUUAUAUGCCCCCACUUAUAUCAUUUGCAAGUAUAUAUAUGUAUACAGUUAAUCUGUUGGCAAAGUCACUCUUGCACAGUCCUUGUUUCACGAUCUGAGUUUGUCUAUCCAUAUUCAAUAAAUUUCUAAUAUAUUGAUCAA